UAACUUCAUUAAGUAGGUACCUAAUAAAAAUUUCACACAAUAGUUUGUGGAAGGUAUUGUACUUGUGCUCGUUAAAAUGUUAAAACUAAUCACCGUAACGAUUUUUGUGUGCCUCUUGUCUGCAACAAGUUGUCUUGACAAUGGGCUAGCCCUUACCCCUCCAAUGGGGUGGAUGCACUGGGAGCGCUUCCGGUGCAUCAUCGACUGUGAUAACUACCCCACUGACUGUAUCAGUGAGAACCUGUUCAUGGACAUGGCCGACAAAAUGGCCUCUGACGGUUAUCUGGACGCUGGGUACGAGUACAUAAUCGUGGACGAUUGCUGGUUGGCCAUGGAAAGGGACAGCGAAGGGCGCCUCCAAGCCGACCCUGACCGAUUUCCCUCCGGAAUGAAAUUCCUAGCCGACUACGUCCACGCCAAAGGGCUCAAAUUCGGGAUUUAUGAGGACUACGGCACCCACACUUGUGGGGGAUACCCCGGAAGUAUCGACCAUUUGGAACUGGACGCCCAAACGUUCGCUGAUUGGGGCGUUGAUUAUUUGAAACUGGAUGGGUGUUACGCAGAAUUGGACGGUAUGGAGGAUGGAUAUGCUGAAAUGGAGGCGUAUCUCAACAAAACCCAACGUCCCAUUGUCUUUUCGUGCAGUUUCCCGGCUUAUAAAGGCCUCGAUGCGAAUUAUAGCGCGGCUGUUGAGCACUGCAAUCUGUGGAGGAACUAUGGGGAUAUUCAGGACUCUUGGGACAGUGUUGUUAAAAUCACCAAUUGGUUCUCAUAUUAUCAAGACAAAUUGUUGCCAUAUGCGGGCCCUGGACAUUGGAACGACCCAGAUAUGUUAAUUAUUGGCAAUUACGGGUUGAGUUAUGACCAAAGCGUUGCCCAAAUGACAAUCUGGAGUGUGAUGGCAGCCCCCUUGAUCAUGUCGGUUGAUUUGAGGACGAUCAAGCCUGAAUUUAGGGAUAUUUUACUAAACAAAGACGCGAUUGGAAUUAAUCAGGACGUUUUAGGGAAACCUGGAGUUGUAAAAUACAAUAAAAAUAAAAUUAAAAUUUGGGUUAAAGAGCUUGUUGACGGUUCGUAUGCCAUCGGUAUCGCAAGUUUUCGAGUUGAUGGCAAGCCUUAUCAGAUUGAAAUUGUUUUGAAAGAUUAUGGUUUGGAUAAUGAGGGCUACUUGAUAAAUAAUGUUUUUGAGGAUGUUGAGCCGAUUUCGGUUUCGGUUACCGAGCCGAUCAAAGUUUUGAUUAACCCAACGGGUGGUGUCCUGUGGAAACUUAUCCCAGCGACAAAAGUGUAAAGUUGAUACUAUUAAAAUGUUUUUUAAGUGUGUUAAAUAAAAAAUAUAUGGAA